UAAGCUGUAAACAAACUAGUCUAUACCGGAAGUACCGGCACUGGCGACGUGUACCUCGUAUUUUUAUAUGUAUUUUGCUUUAAAAUGACAGUUUUUAUGCCCAUCUUAUGACAAAACUCGUUUAAUAUAAACACCAUACUUUGACUUUCAUCUCAAAACUACUGAACCGACUUUCUAAAUAGAUUGACAACAAUGGACUCUGAUUCAGCUCCAAGGCGGCCUGGGAUGGUGUCGCAGUUUUUUCGCAGGAUGUGGGAGAUCCAGCAAAAUUUCAUGGACAAAUCCACUCCCCACAUGGCUUUCAGAUGGACAGUCACACUUCUCCUCUUUGCAUUCUACUUCCUUAGAGUCUAUUUUUUACAGGGUUGGUACAUAGUAACAUAUGCCUUGGGAAUCUAUCUGCUCAACCUCUUCAUUGGGUUCCUGACCCCAAAGAUUGAUCCAACUAUGGGACAAGACCAGGACGAGGAUGGUCCCUCACUUCCCACAAGAUCAUCAGAUGAGUUUAAGCCAUUUAUGAGGCGCCUGCCUGAGUUCAAAUUCUGGUAUUCUGGAACCUGGGCAGUGUGCAUUGCAAUGUUUUGUACAUUUUUUGAAGCAUUUAAUAUACCUGUGUUCUGGCCAAUAUUAGUGAUGUAUUUUAUCAUCCUGUUUGUCAUCACCAUGAAGAGACAAAUAAAACACAUGAUUAAGCACCGAUAUGUUCCAUGGUCAAGUGGUAAAACACGAUACAAGGGCAAGGAAGACACUGGCAAAGUGGUUAUGUCAAAGUAACCAUGGCCUGAACUUCAUUCACAGAGUAUAUGAGUUUGAGUGAUUUCAAUUGAUGUCUGCCAUUUGGUGGUGUGCGGUGACUUUCAAUGGUGUGUAGCCACUGUCAUGUGACAUCUCAUCCAAUCAUCCUGAAAAUGUUGGCUGUAUGUUGUUGUAUAGAAUUUAUAACAGAAUUAUAAUUGUAUUGUAUGUUUAUUUAUUUGUUGUGAAAUGUGAUUUUUUAGCUCCACUGGCUAGAGGCCAGCGGGGCUUAUGUCAUGGUCAUGUGUCCAUUGUGUCAGCGUCCGUGCGUGCGUUAGCUUUUCCUUAAAUUAUCUUCUCCUAAACUACUGGUCCAAUUCUGAUGAAAUUUCACACUAAUGUUCCUGGGGUGAACCUCUUUCAAAUUUGUUCAAAUUAUGCCCCUGGGGUCAAAUUUGACCCUGCCCCAGGGGUCACAAAAAUGAAAAUUUGCUUAUAUAAGGCCUAUUUUGUGAAAACUUUAAAAAUCUUCUCGACCAUAAUCAUUGGGCUUAGGGCUAUCAAAUUUGGUAUGUAGAGACAUCGCAUAGUCCUCUACCAAAUUUAUUCAAAUUAUGAUCUGGGGUCAAAUUUGACCCUGCCCCAGGGGUCACAAAAUUGAACAUAUGCUUAUAUAAGGUCUAUUUUGUGAAAACUUUCAAAAUCUUCUCGUCCGUAACCAUUGGGCCUAGGGCUAUCAAAUUUGGUAUGUAGAGACAUCUAAUAGUCCUGUACCAAUUUUUUUAUAAAUUAUGCCCCGGGGUCAAAUUUGACCCUGCCAUGGGGGUCACAAUAUUGAACAUAUGCUUAUAUAAGGCCUAUUUUGUGAAAACUUUCAAAAUCUUCUCGUCCCUAACCAUUGGGCCUAGAUCUAUCAAAUUUGGUAUGUAGAGACAUCUAAUAGUACUCUACCAAAUUUCUUCAAAUUAUGCCCCUGGGGUCAAAUUUGACCCUGCUCCGGGGGUCAUAAAAUUGAACAUAUGCUUAUAUAAGGCCUAUUUUGUGAAAACUUUCAAAAUUUUCUCGUCUAUAACAAUUGGGCCUAGGGCUAUCAUAUUUGGUAUGUAGAAACAUCUUAUAGUCCUCAACCAAAUUUCCUCAAAUUAUGCCCCUGGGGUCAAAUUUGACCCUGCCCCGGGGGUCACAAAAUUGAACAUAUGCUUAUAUAAUGGCCUAUUUUGUGAAAACUUUCAAAACCUACUCGUCCAUAACCAUUGGGCCUAGGGCUAAUAAAUUUAUAUGUAGAGACAUCUUAUAGUCCUCUACCAAAUUUCUUCAAAUUAUACCCCUGGGGUCAAAUUUGACCCUGCCUCAGGGUCACAAAAUUGAACAUAUGCUUAUAUAAGGUUUAUUAUGUGAAAACUUUCUAAAUCUUCUUGUCCAUAACCAUUGGGCCUAGGGCUACCAAAUUUGGUAUGUAGUGACAUCUUAUAGUCCUCUACCAAGUUUGUUCAAAUUAUGACCCUGGGGUCAAGUUUGACCCUGCCCCGAGGGUCACAAAAUUGAACAUAUGCUUUUAUAAGGCCUAUUUCUUGAAAACUUUAAAAAUAUUCUUGUCCAGAACUGUAUGGCAUAGAGCUACCAAAUUUCGUAUGUAGUGACAUGUAAUAGUUCUCUUCUUAGUUUGUUCAAAUUAUGCCCCUGGGGUCAAAUUUGAAACUGCCAUGAGGGUCACACAUUUGAAUAUAUACUUAUAAAGGUCUUAUUUUUUGAAAACUUUCUAAAUCUUCUUGUCCAUAAACAUUGGGGGUUGGGCUACCAAAUUUGGUAUGUAGUGACAUCUUAUAGUCCUCUACCAAGUUUGUUCAAAUUAUGACCCUGGGGUCAAGUUUGACCCUGCCCCGGGGGUCACAAAAUUGAAAAUAUGCUUAUAUAAGGCCUAUUGUGGGAAACUUUCAAAAAUCUUCUUGUCCAUAACCGUAUGGCAUAGAGUUACCAAACUUGGUAUGUAGUGACAAUGUAAUAGUUCUCUUCUUAGUUUGUUCAAAUUAUGCCCCUGGGGUCAAAUUUGAAACUGCCUGGGGUCACAAAAUUGAAUAUAUAUUAUAAAGGGCUUAUUUUGUGAAAACUUUAAAAACUUCUUUUCCAUAACCAUUGGGUCAACGGCUACCAAAUUUGGUGUGUAGUGAUAUCUUAUAGUUCUCUACCAAGUUUGUUCAAAUUAUGCCCCUGGGGUCAAAUUUGACCCUGCCCUGAGGGUCACAAAAUUGAAAAUACGCUUAUAUAAGACCUAUUUUGCGAAAACUUCAAAAAAAUUCUGUCAACAACCAUUGGGCCUAGGGCUAUCAAAUUUGGUAUGUAGUAACAUCUUAUAGUCCUCUACCAAAUUUGUUCAAAUUUUAUCCAUGGGGUCAAAUUUAAACCUGCCCUGGAGGUCACAAAAUUGAACAUAUGCUUGUAUAUUGCCUAAUUUGUGAAAACUUAAAAAAAUUCUUGUCCAUAUUAACCAUUAGGAUAGGGCUUCACAAUUUGGUAUGUAGUGACAUUGUAUAGUCCUCCACUUAGUUUGUUCAAAUUAUGCCCCAGGAGUCAAAUUUGACCCUGCCCUGGGUGCCACAAAAUCGAUUAUAUGCUUAUAUAGUGCCUUUUUUGUGAAAAAUAAAAAAAUUCUCUUGUCCUUAACCAUAAGGCAUAGGGUUACCAAAUUUGUUAUGUAGUGACAUUUAAUAGUACUCUACCAAAUUUCUUCAAAUUAUGCCCCUGGGGUCAAAUUUGACCCUGCCCCGGGGUCACAAAAUUGAACAUAUGCUUAUAUAAGGCCUAUUUUGUGAAAACUUUCAAAAUCUACUCGUCCAUAACCAUUGGGCCUAGGGCUACACAAUUUGGUAUGUAGUGACAUCUUAUAGUCCUCUACCAAAUUUGUUCAAAUAAUGCCUCUGGGGUCAACUUUGACCCUGCCCUGGGGGGUCACAAAAUUGAAUAAACGCUUAUAAAGCGCCUAUUUUGUGAAAUCUUAAAAAAUCUUCUUGUUGAAAACCAUUCAGACUAUGGCUACCAAAUUUGGUAUGCAGUAACAUCUUAUAGUCUUCUACCAAGUUUGUUCGAAUGAUGCCCUUUGGGUAAAAUUUGACUCUGAACCGCGGGUCACAAAAUUGAUCAUUAUAUACGCUUAUAUUUUGCUUAUUUUGUGAAAACUUUAAAAAUAUUCUUGUCCUUAACUCUAGGACCUAGGGCUACCAUAUUUUAUAUGAACAUGUAGUGAGAUAUAGUAGUCCUCUACAAAGUUUGCUCAAAUUAUGCCCCUGGGGUUAAAUUUGACCAAACCCAGGGGGUCACAAAAGUGUACAUGUGCUUAAAUAGGGCCUAUAUUUAAGUAUUUGCACAUGCAGAGAAUAUUUGAAUAGCCUUUUUUCAGCAGUGGGGCGAUACAGGGCCAUCAUGGCCCUCUUGUUUUAUUGUCUUGCUGAUAAGUGAUUCAUCACACUAUGUCUUUAAUAUUUUUAAAAACCCUGACAUAUUCUUGCUAACAUGUAGUUAUUUCUGAGCUUGUUUGCAUUAAAAUAUUAUGUUUUGUGUGGUUUUCAGCUAGAUGAGCUCAGAACAAACGAAUAUUUACACAUUCUAGAAAUGACCAAUACAUCAUUGAUAAUACUUAUGAUACAGCUCUUAUAACAUUUGACAAAAAUGCAUGUCUGAGCAUUGUGCCAAGCUAAAUGUUUAUACUGUUAAUAUGUCUAAAUUUUCAUCAAAAGGUUGCUAAUAGAAGCCUGAUACUUGUUAACUGAAUUUGCAUAAAGUACAAGCUUGAAUUAUUUCCACUAUUGGCGUAUGUGGGUUUCCUUCGCAUACGUGUUCAACAAGUUAAUAGAUGCCCUAAAGGAACAAUUAUUGGGUUUGUCUGUAUUCCUAAAUCUUGUUGAUGCUUUGGCAGAAUGUUUAUCUUGACAAUAUCUAUGCCAUGUUCGAGUAUGGGUUAAGUGCAUCAAAUAAAAUCUCACGAGGUCAGAUCAGAAGAAAACCCAGUUAACACUCUAGGAGCCACAUGUAUGAUGCAUUAUUUGUGAUUUUGGUGAGAAUAAUUAUCUCUGCAAUAUUAACCCAUUUAUGCCUAGCGUCUAGAAAAAUGUAGGUCAUCAGGUCAAGUCUUCAACAGUUGGUAAACCUUGAAGUUGAACUGAGGUUAACUUUGAAGAACAUGUCCUCUGAAUUAAUAAUUUGCCACUAAGAUAUGUGCUUUGACGCAUUUGUAGUCCCUUAAAAAGUUACAUUUUAUUAAAAACCUUUCUUUCUUAAUUCAAGUUUAAAUGCAUUAUUCCCAACUCUUAGUUACUAAUGAGCAGCAAACAGAAUAAAACCUGAACAGACUUUGAGUUACUUGAGGCUGUUCUGGUUUUAUGCUGGUUGCAAAAGCCAUGUUAACUACGCUUCUUAUGGGGGAUAGUGUUAAAUGCAUAAAUGAACAGGAUUAUUUUAUUUGCCAUGAAAGAAUUGUUCCUAGCUGAUGAUGGCCAACAUUAGGCUGUUUUUAGCUCGGAUUUUUUUCGGAGAAACCCGAGGUAUUGUCAUAGCCAGCUCGUCGUGUUGUCCACCAACCGCGACGUGCUAAAACCUUAACAUUUUGUUAAGGUUUUGAACAUUGCCUCUAAAAUCAAAGUGCUUCAACCUACAACUUUGAAACUUCAUAUGUCACUGCACCAUGAUGAGUUCUACAUGCCACACAUAUUUUGGGGUCACUAGGUCAAAGGUCUAGGUAACUGUGACCUCUAAAAAAAAAAAAAAAAUUCUGACAAGCUUUCAGUUAUUCAAACCUCACCCGCAGCCGAGCGUGGCACCCGUUAUGCGGUGCUCUUGUUUAGGGAUUUGCUGCUGCUUAGUCACUAUAAUUUUGCAAUCUGUACCUAUAAAUAGCAGGCAGUUAGUUAUAUGUUAUUUCAGAUGCAUUUAAAUUAUUUAAAUCUGUAUAUGUUUUCAGUCCAAAAAAAAACACCAUGAAUGUUUUGUGUUAGAUGUUAAUUUAAAUGAAGUUGUAUUCUUGAGUGUUUGUUUACUGCAACAGUAUUUAUGCCCCCCAAAGAGUAGUAGGCUUUAAGUAUCGCUCUUGUCCUCCUGUAUAUCCAUCUGGACGUUCUGGUGUUUGUAUCACUCUUGUCCUCCUGUACAUCACUCUGGACGUUCUGGUGUUUGUAUUACUCUUGUCCUCCUGUACAUCCAUCUGGAUGUUCUGGUGUUUGUAUCACUCUUGUCCUCCUGUACAUCCAUUUGGACGUUCUGGUGUUUGUAUCACUCUUGUCCUCCUGUACAUCCAUCUGGACGUUCUGGUGUUUGUAUUUUUAACUCCUCUCUAUUGGGUGGAUCUGGCUCUUACUUUUACAGAUGAAUGACCUUGAUGUUUAGAUGAUUGUAAAGAGCAAAAUUUUGGCCGCAACAGGUUUUGGCAGAGUAAUGGCCUUUUGUCUGUUUUUCACCUCCUUAAGCUUUUGUUUUCAAUUUAUCCCCAUCUCUGUGUUGGAUCCCACUUAAACUUUCACAGAUGAAUAGCCAUAAACUGUUGAUGAUCCUUAGAACAUGCGACAUGUUUGGCACAAUUAUGGCCCUUUGUUUGCUUUUUCCACAGUACAUGAUUUUAAGGUAAGAUUUAAGUUUAGCUUACCUGAGCAUGUGCUCAAGGUGAGCUUUUUAUCAUGUUUUGUGCUUCUUGCUUUUUGUAGCGUAAAAAUGUACCUUGAUAAGACUCUAGUGGUCACAUUUCUAGUCCAAUCUUUAGGAAAAAAAUAUUGGCCCAAUAAUAUCAAGGCUGUUUAUGAACUUUAUUCAGAAGAGGUCAAAGGUUGUAGGUAAUUUUGGUCAUUUUGAAGAAACUGUAAGCAUUUUAGAGGUCCCAGGUAUUGACAAAUCUUGAUGAAACAUUGUCAGGAUUUUAGCCCCAAUGAUAAUUAGACAUUGACUUUCAGAUGAGCGACCUGUGUCCCUUUUCGUUUUAUAUACAUUGACCGAUAAUGAUAUUUGUAAGACUUUGUAUGAUUAAUAUAAUUAGAAACGCUGUAAAUUAUUCAUAGAUUAUUUGAAUUAUUAAAAACAAGUGUUUGUCUGUUGUUAUAAAUGCAGCAUUUGAUUAGUUAGAAAAAGAUAUUAACGUUCAUUAAUUAUCACAACAUUGUUAGCGUGUUGUGGUCAUACGGUCAGCAGUAUGUGUAAAUUGUAUCAAUACAAAUGUUUGUUUGUAAGUUGUAGAGAACAUUCGAUUUUGUUUUGCCCUGUUCAUAGUAAAUUAUAUUAAAAUUGUGCAUGCAAAGAAACGUGUUGUUACAGAAUACUUAAUAAAUUUUGAAUAAACUUAUAUGAAAGAGAA